AUGUUCAGAAGUAGGGCGUUGUUUGCUUCGAGAAAACCAUACACUCGUUUGUAUAUGAUUUUUUCAUAUAUUUUAUCAAUAUUUGAGAGUAAGGAUAUAGGUCGGGAUGGUCUUGGCAAAUCUUCUGAUGACUAUCUUGAUUCAGACAGCGAAAAUGAAUAUUACAAUGCUGCAAACCAACAAGAUUUAAUAAUUAAGUCAACGUCAUCAGAAUAUGAUGACUCAUCAAGUGACAGCGAUGACAAAUUGACACUGAAUUUGAUCGAAGAUAUUGUGCGUCAAACUGUUUUAUAUUCAGUUCAAUCACGUCCAGAAAAACCUGUUGAUAUCACAGAAGGUGACAUUGAGAAAUUUAUUGCGUGUGUUUUAUAUAUGUCAAUCGUUAAGUUACCGAGUACUCGAGAUUACUGGUCGUCCUCGAUCGGUAUUCCCCAAGUAGCAAAAGUGAUGACAGUCAACUGCUUUGAAGAAAUAAAACGUUUUAUUCAUUUUAGUGAUAAUGCUACUGCUGAUAAAACUGACAAAAUAAAUAAAACUCGCCCACUGAUUGUCCCCUUCAAAGGGCGGCAUUCCAUCAAACAAUAUAACCCUAAGAAACCACAUAAAUGGGGCUUCAAAGUUUUCGUUUUGAGUGGUGUUUCAGGCUUUAGUUAUAAUUUUGAAGUUUUUACUGGUGAAGCAGAUAAUGUAUGUGCCCAAAAUGAGCCUGAUCUUGGCGCAAGUAGUAAGGUUGUCGUACGAUUAGCACGAGUUAUUCCUGAAAACUGUAAUUACAAACUUUAUGUUGAUAAUUGGUUCAAUAGUAUUCCACUAAACGUGUAUAUGUAUACAAAAGGUAUACAAAUGGUAGGGACAGUUCGUCGUAACCGAAUAGGAAAAUGUCCAGUAUCGUCAGAAAAAGAAAUAAAAAAGAAAGGUAGCGGAACUCAUGAAGAACGUGUCGCAACAAUAGAUGAUGUUGAUGUCUGCGUUGUCUCGUGGUUUGAUAAUAAGGUGGUAACCCUGCUAUCUAAUUUUGUUGGUAGCGAACCAACAAGAUAUGUCAAGAGGGUAUUAGUCAAUGCUUGGAUUUUAUGGAGAAACCAAGAUCCAAAUGUGCCUUUAGUAAAGUUCAAACUAGCUGUUGCUGAUUUAUUGUGCCAUUACCAGAAAACUCCAAAUAGAAAGCGUGGUCGACCAUCAAUUGAUAAUGGCGUUGACCGUCUGGGACCUAAAAUACCAAUGCCCUAUCAGGAGGUUUGUACCGAUAAAUUUGCUCACUGGCCUGUAUUCAAUGAUUCUCGCACUCGCUGCAAAUACCAGAAAUGCUCUACAUUAACCUAUGUAUGUUGUGAGAAAUGUAAUGCCGCUUUAUGUUUAAAUAAGGACAGGAAUUGUUUUAAAAAAUUCCAUACAUGA